UGUGUGGAAGAUAAAGGCCCCGAGUAAGAUGAAACAUUUCUUGUGGCAGGCUAUCUCGGACUAUGUGGCGACGGAAGAGAGGCUCACUUUAGACAAUCGGGCACCGAUAGGAGUUGUCCUAGAUGUGCUAGUCCAGUGGAGUCGAUUAAUCAUCUUCUUUUUGAAUGCCCGUAGGCCCUAGCCCUGCAGGUUUGGGCUUAUCGGACUAUCCUUCCCUUCCGGGUUACUUCCCAAGAACAUCUAUAUACUAAAACAUGAACUUUAUGUUUUGGAAGAGAAAAGAGGUGGUUCCACUGAGACCACAAUUCGAUAACUUCCCAUGGAUCUAUUGGUACAUUUGGAAGGCGAGGAGCGAUAAACUCUUUAAUGGGAAAGUCGUAUCCAUGAUUGACACUCUUCAACAUGCAUCUCCUGAGGCAGAAUAUUGGAGGAAGCUAACGAAAAGGAAGAAGCAAACGAGGAUCAUGACGACCCUCCUACCAUAGAGGUUGAGACAAUGCCUCCUUGGAUACACUGAAUCCCUACAUGUCAAAUUAAUGCGUCAUGGAAGAUAAUGGCAGUGUCAGUGGCUUAGGAUGGAGUCUUAAGGAUCAAAUGGGUUUUGAAUAUUUCGGAUUACGGGCAUGCAACAGGAGCCUCUCAGGUUUGAAUGCUGAGAUGGAAGGUUUACUUUGGGCAGUUUCAUGUAUGAGAGACAGAAGGAUAACCUCAAUACGGUUCGAGACAGACUGCUCGGACCUAGUGGACAUGACUACAAACCCAGUGGAUUACCCUUAAUUCGCGACAGAGAUCGAGGUGUUCCAGAGAUUACAGGAGGAUUUCGAGGAUGUGAGCAUGUCUCAUAUUCCUCGGAGUUGAAAUGGUCGGCAGAUGCGUUAGCAAAAGAAGCAAAGACCAGAGGCUAUAUUUUUACCAUAUAGAUCAGACCUGGCAAGACAAAAGUGUUCAUAGGAGAAUCGGUUCGUUUGACCACCACUUGAUCUAGCAUAGCAUAGAUAAACAGCUGACAAAAAAAAAAACUCAAGUCUGAUACAAUAAUGCACAGUCGCUGGUGACACUGGAAACUUCAUUCAUAUAUGACAACGAGAAGGUUGACAAAUAGUACGUACAAUAGUCAAUAGAGACGGGUAUGGUACAUGAUGCUAUUAUAAGAAGCAGUUAGAUCAUGAUCAUGUAUGAACAUGUUAGGUACUAGCAAUAUCUAUUAGCUCAGAGCAACCUGUGUUGCUUACAAGCUAAUAAAAUCUUAAGUUCUGCUUUCAUUGACAUUUGUUUUUUUUUCCCUCGAUGCUUCAUGUUUGUUGUCAUUUGGAUAAUACUUUCUACAUUUUUUCAACUUUCUUUGCAUUUAAAAAAUACGAGAGUUAUGAGUUUAUGAUCAAUAGAGAUAGCUGGAAAAUCAUCUUUAGUGGCAAAUAUACAUUUGAAUUAUAUAUAUGUUGGUUUAGUCACUCUAGAUAGGAAUUGGGACUGACCAUCAUUUCAAAUUAUCCCUCACCAAGUUAUACAUACAAAAAAAAAAAAAUACAUUCGAAGGAGAGACCUUGGAAUACAAUAAGUGUAAUGCGGUCAAAUGAGUAUAAGAAAAAUGAGAUGAAGACAAUUGAACAUCAAAAUAGGAGAAAUGGUGAAUCAUGCUCGAGCCUUAGCCCUGUGUCUAUUUUUUUUAAUUGUACCAAUCAAAUGUUGUACAUCAAAGAUUAGACAGAUUCUAAUAUUUUUUUGAUCGACAUAUAUUUCCAAUCUAAACAACCAUUAUAUGCUUAAUUUUAGUUUUGCAAGGAAAGAAACCAGUUUUUAUCAGUACAAAAUUGAGUAUCAAUAAUACAUUACAAAUUUACAAUUGAUGGUAAAAACAAAUUUAGCUAAAUCCAAACUUAAUAUAUGUAUUACUCCAACAAAAUAAUACAAUCAAACACAUGCAAAACAAGAAAAUUCAGAAACCGGCACCAAGCUACGCAAUGGCGGCAAGAUCACCACCUAUUAUUGUUCACUUACGUUUUCUUAUGAAUUUGGCUUACAGGUCCAACGUCAAUCUAACUAGUAAAAUUUUGUCUUUAUGGGAAAAAACUUCGCUACAUUUUUGACUAAUUAAGAUCCAACAACCACUUACAUUUACCGUAUGCAAUUUUAAUACAAGUUACGGAUAAUUAAAAAUUAUAAAGAAAAAAUACAAAUAUCUAUCAAAUUUUUGAGUAUGAACAUUGUUUUAAAAUUAAUACAACAUCAAAUAAACUCAACCAUGUAAACUACUCUACUUACACAACACCAACCACACAAAAAGUAGCACAGUUUAUCACCCUACCUCAACCUAUUAAAAUACAAAUCCUGAAGAAUAAAUGUCAACAGCAAAACACCAACUUUACAAACACGACAUCACCUCCAGAGAUUUAGAUAGAGCAACAACUAUGUCCACGAUUCCGCGCUUGCACAGGGCUAUACCCUUAGUUUGUAUUAAAGGGACAUCACUAGUUCUUUAUUUGGUUAUGGCACUGCGGUGUUGUUAUGGUUCGUCACAGUUUUUUUUGGUAAAUUGUUUUCUUUUCUUUUCUGGUUUUUAUCGGUAGCGAAACAUCAUUUCUUAUAUGUUUCUCAUAUGAGGAGAUAUUGCGGACAUAGAGAAACAUAUAUUUUCGACGAAGAUGUUGUCUUUAUGUGUUAAACUAGGUGUUUUCUUGCACUGUGUACAUAAAUAAAAAAUUUAAAAUGAAACUAGUGGUAUGGGAUUAGAAAAUUAUAAUUCUUAAAUAAACUGUAUAAAAAUUUAAAAAUUGUUUUGGUAAUAAAAUUAAAAAAAUUAUAUAAUUAAAUUAAAUAAUAUUAUGAAAAUUGUAAAUUAUUAUUAUAUUUUUAUUUUUUACUAUUAUAUUAUAUGUUAUUAUAUUUAUGAUGAUUUGUAAGUUUUACUAUAUUUUUAAAAAGUUACCAAAAAUAUAAAUCAACAAUAAAUGUAAAUGUGCUUGUCAUAAUUAACUUCAAGUCAUCAAUAUCGUUAAUAUGCUAUGUUUUUUUCUUCAAAAUUAUUGUAAUGAUAACACGCAACAAAUCACUUUUUAAAUAAUUUCUAGAAGAUACUAUCAGAAAUGUAGGCAAACCAAAAACUGCUAGUAGAAAUAUAAAACAAUCCACUCGGAGAAUGUCAUUCUUCCAAACCCACCAACCCUUUUCAUUUAUUUUUAAUGUGAGCCACCAGAUCUUUACGAAAAUAAAAUCCACCAACUCUUUUUUUUUUCUUGUAAUCAAUCCACCAACUCUGAUGUCAAAAAAAAAAAGUCAAUCCACCAACUCUUUUUUUUUUUGUAAUCAUGUUAAUCCACCAACUCUCUUUGACGUGAGCAUCUAUGAAAUUUUUUUUUUCAUUAAGAACCUUAUCUUAAGAAAUUAUUUAUCCUAUUAAAGGAUUUCCCUCCCUAAACAAAAAAUGCCCACCUAUGAGACCUAUCCAUACUAUUUUUUUUUUCACAUUCGAGCUCUCACAUUAGAAGUUAGAGUAAUUAUUAUUAUUUAUACUUUUAAUGAAUAAAUAUAUAAAGUAGCCAUACUUUUUUGUUAAAAUAAAUGUUAAAUCCUGGUUUAUUAAAGACAAAGACCUAACUUCCGGAUGAGAGGUGCAGCCCACAACAUGCUCUCUUUUGGGUAUUUAUACGGACGUAUACGCAGCCGUGGUGAGCAGAACAAUGUGACUUAGUUUGCGCAUCACGAAAAUCAAACCCGAAAUGUGUUUGCAUCCAAAACUCAUUCACUACCACAAAGCCCACUCGUAAAGUAGCCAUACAAAUAAAAAAUAAUUUAAAAUUUCUUUGAUUAAAUAAAAAAUUAAAAUAAUAUAAAUAAAAAUUAUCAAAAUCUAAAUAUAUAUUUAAAAAUAACAAGAUAAUUCAUAAAUAUAUGUGUUGUUAUCCACAAAAUAUCCUUUCAUAAAAAGUUCAAAUUCAAAAACAAAACACGUAACUAAAUAUUAAUUAAGUAAAUUCUUAAUUUUACAUAAAUGAGAAGUAAAUAUUGAGUGAUUUCUAACAUUUUUUUAAUUAAUAAUGAAUAUAGCAUACAAAUAAAUUUUCAAAAAUCAUAAUAAGUAAAAAAAUGUAAAUGAAAGAUAAAUAAUAAUUUAUCAUUAUUGUCUUUAAUUAGUAAUACAUGUACUAAUAAAUAGUUAUAAAAUAUGCAUGUCCGCAUGUGCGGAAAUAUGCUUAGUAUAUAUUCAUAUACAUAUCUCAAACAUAAAUAUUUCUUUUAAAUUUAAGUAAACUAUUUAAUUUCUAUAAUAUUAUUUCAAAAGUUAAUUUCUGAUGUGAAGUGCUCACGUUAACUACAAUAAUACCUUUAAUGAUUAAGUUAUUAUUAUAAUUGCGGUUUUUGAUUUUUAUUUUUAUUAAUAAUUCUUUGUAACCACAUUAUUAUCAUAAAAGGAAUUUUAUAAUAAAAAGGAAAUAUCUUUAAAACUAAAAUAUACAAUAAUUUUAUAUAUUUAAAACAUGUGAUUUAAUAAAUUAUAUGUUUUCUUAUUAUUAUUUACAUGUUUUCUCAUACAUUUAAACCAUUUCCUUAUUUUUAGGUAUUUUCUUCAUAAAAAAGAAACUAAGUUAGUUAUGAAAAUAUACAAGCAUUUUUUUCUUAUUUACUAAUUUUAUAUUUUCUGGAAUUAAAUUCAUACGUUAGGAAAGAAAACUACAAAAAUUACGUUAGUUAAUUGUUUAACUAUACAAUUUCCUAUGUUAAUUGUUUAACUAUACAAUUUCCUAUGUUAUUUAAUAAAUUUUGAACAUUAUAGAUAUCGUCUAAUUAUGCACGUCUCUGAAAGAUUUGAUGAGUAAGUCAAGUUUCUCUCAUUUGAUAUUCUUGCCGAACAUCUUGUACUGAAAAGCUGCUUCUAAAUUAGCAGAGGAAGUUGCAGAGGUAUUAUAAUUAAAAUAUUUAACACAAAGAAAAUAAAAACUAAAAAUAUCACCCAAAUUUUUAUGUUUUAGUUUUUUCGUAAAUAUUAAUAUUCGUGCCCGAUCGUAGAUCACUUCACUUAUAAAUAAGUAUUCUAUUAUUGUAUUUAUAAUGGUUACAUUCUAUUAAAUGCAUGAUGUUACCUUUUUCGUUUUUCUAUAAAUGUAACCGUUUAUAAAUCCAUAAUUAUUUUAUUUGUACCUAUAAAUAAAAUAAAAUUUAUAAUGAAUUAAGUAUUUUGAUAAAUUAUUUAUAGACUCUUAAAAUUAUUUUAAAAUCUUAUAAAAUGAUUUGGCAAGCCUUUAUACAUGAUUUUAUAAAUCUUUAUAAGUAAUUUUUAUAAAUGAAUUUAUAAAUCUGCAUACACAUAUCACAAAUUAUGUAAAUAAUUUAUAAAUUAUGUAUGAUUUUGUUUAAAAAAAAAAGUAUGUAUAACAAUGUUCUGUAUAACAAUUUAAAGCCAUUGUAUUGGUUCCUAUAAUUUUCUUAAUAAGGUUGUAUAAUUAUAAUUAUUUGAUUUGUAAGAGGAAAUUGAUAAGGUUUUCUUAAUUAUUUGAUUUAUAAUUUUCUUAAUAAGGUUUUUUUUUCCAGCACCUGUGUAUUCAAAGGGAAGUAUUUCAGGAAUGCAUCACCAUAGAACUCAUUAGAUCGUACUCGUUAUUUUAUGGUUUGCGUAUUAUUGUCUCUUCUAGAUCUCUCGUUAUAAAAGGACUAAUCAAUAGGGUGGAAUCAUGAUCAUCUAUCUCAUUAUGAAAUGAUCCUUGGUUUCCAUCUACUCGCCCGAGACCAGCAAAUAAAAAUCAACAUAAUUUUUACCCGGAACUAACAGUGGAUUCUCUCAUUGAUGAAAUAUUGAGAACAUGGAAUUUAUAGGUUAUUCAGACUAUGGUAGACCCGCAAGAUGUGAAAAUUAUUGAAAGUAUUCCUUUAAGUUGAUUUCAUACAGAAGAUCGGAUGGAUGGUAUUUUACAAACAUUGUGAGAUACACGGUUAAAUCUGGAUAUCAAGUGAAGCAAGUGUAUCCGGAUAGAGAAAGAAUACCACCCGUGUAUGGUCCUUCGGUCACCCCACUGAAGGCUUUCUACUGGAAAGUAUAUCCACCUAAAAUGAAAUAUUUUUUUAUGACAACUGCUGAAAAGAUGCAUAUCGGUUAAGAAAAAUUUUAGGUCAAGAAGAAUGCAUAGGGAUAAAAUUUGCAACUCGUGUGGAGCUCCUGAGGAGUCCAUAAAUCAUAUUUUCUUGGAAUGUCCACCGGCGAUCUAAAUCUGGGCACUUACAUGAAUCCCAACGAAUCCAGAUAUAUUUUUCAUUCAAUCAUUGUUUACAAAUAUGAAUCAUUUAUUUGGAGAGUCUCCCCAUAAAUGGAAAGUCAUCACUUUGCAUGGAUUUUAUAGAAUAUAUGUAAAGGAAAAAAAUAAUAAAAUAUUUAGCAAUUUGGAUAUGGAUCCGAGAGAUAACUUCAAAUUGGCAGAAACAAAAUCGUUACUCUGGGCUGAAGCACAAAAUUCUCCUGUACAGGGAAUGAAAUAUACUCUAGGAAUAAAUUCUCCAUCGAUAGUACCGACUAUAUCAGGUAGAUGGUGUUCUACGGACGGAUCUGGGAAAAAUCAGGAUAUAUAUUCAGGGUAAGGAUGGUAUAGUACCUUAGAAGGUUUUGAUGGAUUAAUGGGAGCAAGGAAUACAAUAGCGAGUUAGUCGCCACUACAUUCAGAGAUAAGAUGCUCUCAUAUGGGCAAUAAAAUGCAUGAGGAAUCUUAGAAAGUUUUCGGUAAUAUUUGCAACAUAUUGUUUGCAGUUGGUGAAGAUGGUUUCGGAACCAGAAGUAUGGCUAGCCUCUACAAGUUAUUUGGAAGACAUAACAUUUUUGAAGAAAAGUUUCAACAGCUCAUAGAUCAUUCAUAUACCACAGACGCAAAACUCAAAGGCCGAUUGUCUCGCAAAAAAUGCAAAGAAACAACCGUUGUUUGUCGUUUAUAUGGAUGCAGAACUACCGGUGUGGUUUGCAGAAUCUACAUAAAUUUGUUUAUGUUGCUGAUAAAAAAAAAAAGAAUACACGUAAACAAAAAUUAUUUAAAAUUAUUUUUCUUGGGCUGUUUUUAUGGUCAAAGUCUCCUUAAAAAAAUUUCCAAUAACUUUUCACAAUAUCCAAAGGAGACGAAGCAAAACGGCAAUUCUCAAGUUUGAAAACCAAAAGGGAUAUCUACUCUACUUAUAUUAAGCGAUGUAAGACCUUACAAUUCAGAAAUUUGAGCCAGAAAAACCUUUCAUAAUGAAUUCUUCACCAUCAGUGAAAAUCGUCUCAAAAUGCUUCGUGAAACCCAAAACAAUCCUUGAAGAAUCAAAGAAACCAUACUAUCUAUCCCCAUGGGACUUCGCAAUGCUCUCUGUUCACUACAUCCAAAAAGGUCUUCUCUUUCAAAAGCCACUUCAUUCCACCGACACCCUGCUUGAUAAGUUAAGAGAGUCUCUCGCCAUCGCUCUCGUCCACUUCUACCCUCUCGCUGGUCGCCUCUCAGCACAAAUAAACGAAAACACCAAAUCAUACUCUGUUUUUGUGGAUUGUAGCAAUAGCCCUGGUGCUGGAUUCAUCUACGCCACCUCUGACUUAUGUCUAGCAGAUAUUGUUGGCCCUAAGUAUGUUCCUUUAAUUGUUCACUCUUUCUUUGACCACAACAGGGCCGUCAAUCAUGAUGGACUUACCGUGAGCCUCUUGACAGUCCAGGUAACAGAAUUGGUAGAUGGAAUUUUCGUAGGACUGUCGAUAAACCACGCAAUGGGAGAUGGCACUUCAUUCUGGAACUUCUUCAGUGCCUGGUCCGAGAUAUUCCAAGCACAAGAGUGCAACAAAACCGAUGAAUUGUAUCUUAAGAAUCCACCAGUCUUAAAGCGUUAUAUCCCUCAAGGAUAUGGUCCCCUCUUCAGCCUUCCCUAUAGCCAUCCUGAUGAAUUUAUCAGAACUUACGAAUCCCCAAUUCUCAAGGAGAGAAUAUUCUGUUUCUCAUCAGAAACAAUCAGAUUGCUAAAGGCAAAGAUUAACCAGGUAUGUGGAACAACCUCCAUCUCAUCUUUUCAAUCGCUAACCGCGGUUAUAUGGAGAUGCAUAACUAGGGCUCGAAGAUUACCUAUCGAACGAGAAACAAGUUGUAGACUUGCUGCGGACAACAGGGGAAGGAUGUAUCCUCCUCUUCCCCGGGAUUACUUUGGAAAUUGUCUCUCUGCACUGAGGACGGCUGCAAAAGCAGGUGAGCUGUUGGAGAAUGAUCUUGGAUGGGCUGCUUUGAAAGUGCAUCAAGCUGUAGCUGAUCAUACGAGUGAAAAGGUAACUCAAAUGAUUGAUCAGUGGUUGAAGUCACCUUUUAUCUACCAUAUUGAUCGGCUAUUUGAACCAAUGAGCGUGAUGAUGGGAAGCUCACCGAGGUUUGACAAGUAUGGUUGUGAAUUUGGGAUGGGAAAAGCAAUGACACUUAGAAGUGGUUACGCGCAUAAGUUUGAUGGAAAAGUUUCGGCUUACCCGGGAAGAGAAGGAGGAGGAAGCAUAGAUCUGGAGGUAUGUCUUGUUCCACAGUUUAUGGAAGCUUUAGAAUCAGAUGAAGAGUUCAUGUCUCUUGUUUAUUUUUGAUAACUUAAGAAUUUCUUCCAAGUUUCUCAACAUUUGCAAACUGCUUAUCACCUUAUUAUCUCCUGUUAUUCACCUCAAUAUGUUUACCAUCAUUUUUAUUGAAGCUUAGUUAACCUUUUAAUUUUAUUUCGUUUACCAAUAAAUUGUUGAUGGAAUAACCAGCAAUCGAGUCUUUGCUUUAUUUACUUACAAAUGUAAAAUUCAUAUUUUACCAAAAAUAUAAUAUGUAAACUUCAUCUUUGAGAUAUGCAAAGUGCGGAAUAUAUUACACAAAAUCUACGCACAUGCCCAGAGGUAUUUCCAGUAUCAAGCAUCUACACGAACAUGGAUUAUCUAUUUUGGAGGAAAAACUCUAUUAUCGAGGCGGAACAAGACAGGGAUCCUUUUCCCUGGAUAAUUUGGUAUAUAUGGAAGGCUAGGAAUGAUAAACUGUUCAGGGGGAUAGAUAGAGAUCCUAUGGAGUUAGUUCGAUAUGCAGAGAGUGAAUAUCGAGUCUGGUUUGAUGCGAAUGAAGUGAUACAACCAGUGCCACAAGAAAACAAUAUGGUGAUCCCCCAAGCUUGGGCAAUAUAUGCCUGUUAGAUGGGUCUUGGACAGCAUCGGCCAACUUUAGUGGAUGUGGAUGGGUGUGGAUGGACAGCAGGGGGAAGGCUCAGCUUAUGGGGUUAAAAAAUAUUACUCGACGUGAAUCAGCCUUGCACUCGGAAGUUGAAGCACUACAGUGGACAAUGGAGAAUAUGCUCCAGCACUCAACAUGUCAGAGCUUUGGGACGGACUGUAAGGACCUGAUUGCUAUGCUAGAGGAACCUCAUGCUUGGCCAAGCUUUGCGACAGAAUUGGAAAAGAUCGAGACGCUAUGGAUAUGCUUCCCGGAGUUCAGCAUUACUCAUGUCCCACGAACGCAUAAUCAAUUUUCAGGUUUUUUUAACUAAGACUGCUAGAUCCUUCCAUAGGAAGUGAUGUGCCGCAGUCCAUGGAUCAUUACAUGGAACCAGCUCAGCAUGGAGUUCUGGACAUUCUGAACAUUUCAAACGAGGUUCAUGUUUUUCACCGUACCAGACUUGACUUGGAUCAUGCCAGACUUGACUUGGGUCGAGCCAGACUUAGCUUGGGUGGUGAAGAAACCAAAGACGGACAUGCAUUCUCAUCCGGCGGACCAUCCGGACAGUCCCGCAAGCGUCCUUAUCUUUACCCCGUGCAUCCAUCUGGUUCGGAUGAAUCAGGACAUCUUGACUGGUCUUCUCCAUUUUCCGUGCCUUGACUAGAUUUAGUCUUCUCCAUUUUUCGUGCCUUGACUAGAUCUAGUCAAAUUUAUAUUUUCUAUGCAUUGUUUUCCCACAUUUUCUUUAAUUGUCUUUGACUACAAAACAAUAUAAAUAUGUAAUCCCUUUGAUGAAUAAAAUCAGUUCAGUUUUGGUUGUUUAUUUCGUUUCUUCUCUGAGUGAGAGAGAGAGUUCUUAGCUAGUUCAUCGGUUUGAACCGGCUUGUUGAUUUGGUGGUCAGCCAAUUCAUCUUUGUGUGUUGUUUUGUGGUUAGCCAACACAUUCAUUCUUUCUUUGGUGGUUAGCCUUAGAUCGUGGGUAUAUCAAGAGUUAUUCCGUAUCUCUUGACAAUCCUUUCAAUCCAUCUCAGUUCCAGAAGUGCCGUUUGCCUUCUCGGAUCAUAUCCAACACCCAGCUAAAGUGAUCCUCCCUAUCUUAGGGUUCUUCAGGAAGUUACUUUUCAUUGGUUGUUCUAUUCCGGUCUGGUUACCCAGACCACCUCAAGCUUGAGUAAUAGAAUGACCGUUUGACGUCAAAAAAAAAAAAAAAAAAAAAAAAAAAUCUACGCACAUGCCCAUAUAAUCUGGCUUUUCUAACCACUUAAGACGUUUACGUGUGGACAAGUGGCCUCGCAGGUAGGACCAUCUUGAACAUAAAACUAAAAGCAUUUCCAGAAGAAAUUCUAUAACUUUAAAUAUAGAGUUUUUUUUUCUAAAAAGGAAUUUCAAAAUUUUAAAUUUGGAGUUUUGAGAAGUAAAAUUCUAUAUUAAAGUUUCACUACUCAAAAAUUCAACUUUAAAGUUUCAUAUUUUUAUUUGCAUUUUGGCCCUUACAAUUACACAUCAUAUUUAUGAUUCUUAUUUUGAAAUGCACUAAUUGAUCAUAUAUGGCGCAUUAUGGAAAUAAUUUUUUGAAAUAAUUUGGUAUUUUACUUGUAGUUUAAUAUUUAAUAAUGUAUAUCUAUUUAUAAUAUUAUAUACUAGUAUAAAAUUUUAUUAGUUAAUAUUGAUGUAAUAUUUAUAUAUAAGUGCUAGUUAUUUAUAAAAGUUUCAUAAUAAUUAUGAAAAAUAUCAGGACUAUAGUAUUAAAUAAAAAUAAAUUUGAAGUUAAAGUCGAAGUUUUGCUUUUGGAGAAGAACACUUUUAAACUUUAAAUAUAGAGUUUUGCAAACUUCAAAAUAGAGAAUCUUUUAGGAGGUGCUCUAAGGAAAAUGGUGUUUUAUGAAAGUGAUAGAACUAACAACAACAUAAACUAAGUCAACACAAAUAACUUUUCUCAUAGUUUAAUAUUUAAUAAUGUAUUUCUAUUUAUAAUUUUAUAUACUAGUGUAACAUUUUAUCAGUUAAUAUUGGUGUAAUAUUUUUAUGACAAUUCUUUCAAAUAGAUUCUUUUUAAGUUUUCGUCGUAAAAGACUCCAAUGAUCAAAAUGACCAAAAUGUUGCAUUAAAAAGCAAAAGAUCCUUAUACCCUAGAUAUAGAGUUGUCAAAAUGCGUAAACCAACCCAAAUAAAAUCAUAUCCAAAUAAAACCAGUAUUCUAUUGGUUAUGGUUCAACCCAAACCAUUUACCUAAUUGUUUGGUUUAGUCUCUAACUCAUUUAGAUUAAUGAGUUAGUGGUUUUAAUGAGUUGACUCACUAUAAUAUAGUAAUAAUAUUAACCAAUAACACCAUAACUCAUGUAAUUUAAAAAUCAUAAAAUUCAAUACAAUGGAGAAAAUGUAUAUUUUCAUAAAAUCAUAAAAGACAUGUUUCACAAUAAUAUUUCAUAUUCUCAGCAGUUUCAGGAAACAAUAACUGAGAUGCCGACUUGAAGAUCCCACCAUGGUACAAGGAACUCAAGUUUGUUGUUGGGGUCAAAAUCAGUCACGUCGGAAUCAAUGCCGGAAAGUCCCCGAAAAACAGCUUUCAGAAAAUACUUACGGAAAAACUUGUGUAAAACAAACGAAAUGAUUCCGAAAAUCUACAAAGCAAUCAACGGAAGAAAAUAACCAUCUAGCUCAUUAGCCAACUCGCCAUAUGGCUAUUUGGACCAAUAACCGGCUACCCAACUCGUCAUAUGGCUAGUUAGCCCGCUAGUCUGUUGUUGGGGUCUAAAAUGGUUACGACGAAAUCAAUUUCGGAAAGUUCUCGAGAAACCUUUCUAAAAAGAAAAAUAAAAAUACAGAAAACUAAAACUUCGUAUUUUUAAGAGUAGAACACGACAAGCUCGUUGGAAAGGAUCAUUCAAUCUCUCGAACAGACAAUUCGCGAGCAUCGAAACAACGAAGCGAGCAUCAUCCGACUCGCCAUAGGGAAAGUUGCAAUGAUCGACCCAACUCGCCAUCAGGCGAGUUGGAGAGAGCUCAUCCAACUCGCCCAAUGGUGAGUUGGGACCGUGUAAACUAACUCGCCCAAUGACGAGUUGGACCGUGUAAACCAACUUGCCAUUGGGUGAGUUGGAACAGCCAUGUUUAGCUCGCCCAAUGGCGAGUUGGAUCAACCACAAUUCCUCUCAGCCCACCUCUGUAGCUUCCUCCUUCGAGCCUCGACUGAAUUAUCUCUUGUUUCGUCUCGAUCGGAGUUACCGUUGGAACUUUACGAUACAAACCGCAAAGACUUGUUUUCUCGUAAAAGUUCAGAUUGAUCAUUUAAAACGGCAACCGUUAACUUAACACCUUAGUUGUUUUCAUUAUAUGGUCAAGUUAAAUUGUUUAAAAUCGACAUCAUAUCGAAGGUUAUAUUUGGAUAAAAUCGUAAAAACGUUCAAAAUCGCAAAACGGCUCGAAAGAUCUUAAACACGGCUAAAAGCUCACUUACGAUUUUUAAUGAAAUUAAGCCCAAGGUUACUAUGACGGUGUAUCUAUUAUUUGCAGGAGAAUCAAGUCUCGAAGAUAAAUGUCAAGUUUAUGAAGAUAAUCAUGAAGAUCGAAGAAAAUGAAAUAUUUCUGCAAGAUGAUAAACUUGACUUGGGGCCGAAAAGGAAACGGAAAACCGACCUUGGAGGCAUAUAUAAAGUAUGGGAACCGAAAUUUGCACUGUCGAUUUCCAUUUAAAUUAGGAAAGUAGGAGAACCCUAGUUUCCCAGAGGUCCCGGAUAUCUGCUAAUACCACACGCCAAGCAAUCAAAACACGAAACGAGAACAGUAAUAAAAUAAGAAAUCGUAAAAAGAGCAAAAGAUGUCUUAUUCCGAAUUUGCAUAUGAGCGUUACAACAAGGUAGAAGCCUCGGCUAUGAGAGCUGUCGACGAGAUCCCUAGUUCUAACAACCAAAGACUGCAAAACCUAGUUGAAUCGCAGCUCAAAAUAACAAAAACGGAAAGUUGCCUAAUUGCUCUAGGUGCUAAGUUUGCUGU